CUGGUGAAAAUCGUUCCACUACGUCAAGUCGUCCCGUCCGCUCGGUGAAGAUGUCUGCGACGGGUACAGGAGGCUGUGGACCCGGACCCGGACCCACGUCGGGCUCCGGGUCCGGGGCUUCCAACCCCCGAAAGUUUAGUGAGAAGAUAGCGCUGCAUACCCAGCGACAGGCCGAGGAGACAGCCGCCUUCCAGGAGGUUAUGAUGGACAUCACAUCGACCAGGCUCCAGGCCCAGAAGCUCCGUCUUGCCAGGAGUCAGGGUCCGUACUACAGCGGCUCGCUACCCAACGUCAACCAGAUCGGCAGAAACCCUCAAGACUUCCAGGGUUCCUUCCCCUCUACUCUGGAGUCCAACAGGUCCACUCGGCAUCACGGUCUGGUGGAGCGAGUCCAGAGGGACCGCCGUUUCAUCUCCCCGGUCCGACCUUACCGCAACCGACAAAUGGACAGCUCGCCGUAUAACUCCGCCUACCUGUCCCCACCUCCUGACCCCAGCUGGAGAAGGAAUUGGUCCGGAAACUUCCCUGGGGAUAAAAGCCAGUUGUUUCGUCUCCCCACCACUGCACUCAACAGGACCAACUCUGACUCGGCCCUCCACACCAGUGUAAUGAAUCCUCCCACAGGAGACCCCUUCACCACGGGAGGACCCACCCUAACCCCCCAGAGCAACAGACGCACUGGUCAGAGUGAUGGAGAGAGCAGAAGAAUGUUUCCAUACCCUGUUCCCCCCAUUGAAGAGAAUGUGUUGGAUGAGGGGAAACUUCUCAAACCCUGGGACACCAAGAAGUUGCCUCUGUUGUCAUCCCGACCCAAGUCCUGUGAAGUCCCUGGCAUCAAUGUCUUUACGUCCCCGGAGCAGCCGUCCACGCCGGUUCACGGUGUCCAGUCGGCCCUCAACACUGGCGGCUCGCUGCCCGACCUGUCCAGUCUCCACUUCCCCUCCCCGCUGCCCACGCCGCUUGACCAGGAUGAGCCCGGCUACCCAGGAUCCUCCUCUCUGAGCGGGGGCAGCAGCACAGGGAACCUGGCUUCCACCCUCACUCAGCUGGGCAUUAACGCCGCCAACGCUCAGGGAGGCAAUGGCAACUUCCACCACCACACACAAAGUCUCCUGGCAUCUCUACAGAGCACGCUCAGUAACCCGUCCCUGCAGUCAUCGCUAAGCAACCCCAACAUCCAGUCAUCGCUCAGCAGCCACUCCUUUUCCAACUCUUUGAGCUCCGCCUCCCUGCACUCGUCGCUCAGCAACCCCUCGCUGCAGUCGUCCCUCAGCUCCUCCCCCUCCCUGCAGUCCUCCCUCAGCAGCCAGUCACUGCACUCCUCACUCAGUAACUCCUCCCUCCAGUCGGUGUCCAGCAGUAACCCCAGCUACAGCAGCGGCGUGGGCGGAUCCAGCUCCUGCUCCUCUUCCUACUCGCCGCUGCUCAGUGGACAGGGUCAGCCAUCACUCAGCACGUCGCCGCGGAGGCGAGCACAGCUCUCCCCGCUCAUCCUGCCCAUGGGAGGGGAGUCACGGAGGCACCACUCCAAACAGUUCUCCCCGACCAUCUCCCCCACCCUGUCCUCCAUCACACAGGGCGUCCCUCUGGACACCAGCAAACUCCCUCUGGACCAGAGGCUUCCUCCCUACCCACUCAGCCAGUCCCACCAACACCAGCCGGGCUCCCACCAGCCUCUUCCCGGUCUGCCCGGCUCCCAGCCCGGCCAACAGCCCGGCCAGCACCACCACCAACAACAGAUGCUCCGCCUUCAGCAGCCGCGGCCCAACGCUCAGCAGCAGCAGCAACAUCAGCAGCAACAUCAGCAGCAGCAGCAGCAGCAACAACAACAGCAGCAGCAACAACAGCAACAACAGCAACAACAGCAGCAACAGCAACAACAGCAGCAGCAGCAGCAGCAGCAGUCGCAGUCCAUGCAGCAGCUCCACCUGCAGAAUCUACGCAACACACACAACCAGCACAUGCAGCAGCACUUUGGAACGCAGCAACAAAGGCCGAUGGGGCAGCACGGUAACGUGGCGAACACGCAGCUGAUAAAGAACGAGAGGGCGAUGGAUCAGUGCGUCCAGAGCUCCUCGUCCUCUCAGUGUCACGUCAAACCAGAAACGGAGCAGCAGAGAGCCGACGGCCUCCCUCAGCUCCAACAAAUCAGCCACAACCUGGCCACCGACUUCUACAAUGACGCCUUGUUGAACUCCCUACUGGACGACCCCUAUCUGAAUUUCCAGCUCACAAGCAAAACCAGCCAGCAGUUCACAGCAGAGAACCAGGGUGACUGCAUGUCUCUGAACCACAGCGGUCUGGGCAGCGGCACCACUGACAAGAACCAGUUCCCCUCCAACACACAGGGGCCCCUGGACAUGCAGGACCCCGGGGACCAGCAGCUCCUCAACAACCAGAACCAGAACUACAGCUGCGGGGAGGGACGACACAACGUGCCCAACAUCAUCCUCACUGGUGACUCCCCACCGGGUCUGUCUAAAGAGAUUGCCAGCGCUCUGUCUCACGUCCCCGGCUUUGAGAUGGAUCCCUUCUCCCUGGACGACCCGCUCAGGAUGGACCCCCUGUCUCUGGACAUGCUGGACGGCGACUUGAUGCUCGCUGACCCGGCCGUGGAGGACUCCUUCCGAUCCGACCGUCUGAAGUGAUCCCUGCUCCAGGAGCUCGGUGGGAAACGGCCACCCGGACGGAAGUGGAGAGAACCGGGAUCAGCGUCGCUCCCCCAACCAGACGGUCUGCAGAGCGAG